UUCACAAUUCAUUGGCAAAGCCGCUGCGCUGCUUUUAAGAAAAUGGCAAACAGCUUCUUUGCGGUCGUCAUUUGUCUCCUGGGAUGGUGUCUCUACGCGAAAUGUGCAGUUUUUAUAAACCAGGAAGAAGCCAGCGCCAUUUUGCACCGACAUAAACGGUACAAUACUGGACGCCUGGAAGAAAUGGUCCGAGGAAACCUGGAGCGUGAAUGCAUCGAAGAAACAUGCAGCUAUGAGGAAGCAAGAGAAGUCUUUGAAAACGAUGAGAAAACGAUGGAAUUCUGGAAGGUAUACCUUGAUGGAGACCAAUGUGAGCCAAACCCUUGUGUGAACGGAGGACGGUGUCAAGAUGAUAUCAGUAACUAUCUAUGUUGGUGCCCAGCCGGGUAUGAAGGAAGGAAUUGUGAAUUAGAUGCUACUUGCUCCACAAAAAAUGGGGGUUGCAAACAGCUUUGUAGGAACAGCCCAGAAGGGAUAGCAAUCUGUUCCUGUGUUCCUGGAUAUAAGCUUAAGGAGGACCGGAGGAGUUGUGAACCGACAGUGCCCUUUCCGUGUGGAAAAAUCACAGCUCCAGAGGCAGUGAAGAAACACACCCGUUCACACAACACGUUUGACAACUGGUUGUCCACCAACACUACUGAUGACCUUGAAGAAGAGUCGGGAGACAAUGCCACUCAGAUUAUUUCCAAGACAGCAAUCAUUACUCGAGUGGUUGGUGGCAUGGACAGCAGGAAAGGGGAAGUUCCUUGGCAGGUUUAUUUGCUCAGCCCCGAGCAGAAAGGAUUCUGUGGAGGCUCGAUUGUCAAUGAAAGAUGGAUCAUCACUGCCGCACAUUGCCUUGAGUUCGUGCCCCACACUGUUGUGGCAGGUGAGCAUAAUGUGGACACUAAGGACGGCACAGAACAAUACCGUCGGGUGGCAAGGGUGAUCCCUCACCCCACAUACAAUGCAACCAACAAGUACCACAAUGACAUUGCCCUUCUUGAACUGGAUUCCCCCCUGGAACUCAACCAUUAUGUCACUCCUAUCUGCAUCGCGGACAAAGAGUUCACAAACAGCCUUCUCAGAAACGGCUUGGGCAGCGUGAGCGGCUGGGGAAAGCUGACGUUCCAGGGGAGAGAGGCUAGCAUUCUCCAGGUUCUGAAAAUCCGGUACGUUGACCGGCCAACCUGUUUGAGGAGCACCAGGUUCACCAUCUUGGCAAACAUGUUCUGUGCUGGCGACCCAAAUGAUGCAAAGGAUACCUGCCAAGGAGACAGCGGAGGCCCUUACGCCACAGACAUUGAAGACACCUGGUUCCUAACUGGGAUAACCAGCUGGGGGGAGCAGUGUGCCCAAAAGGGGAAAUAUGGGGUCUACACCCGAGUUUCAAAAUACACGAAGUGGAUAAGAAACACGACGCGGAUUGUUGUAAAUUAAUCUAGAGGUGGUGAUGGUGGGAGAAAUUCAAUUCAGUUUGCAUUUAAAGGCAAACCUAAUUUGCACUUUCCAAAACAACUCACAAACCAAAACACAGCUAUCCUUCAAAAUUUGCAUUUCUGUGAAUUUUAUAAAGCAGUUCUUCAGCCAAGUCAUUUGUAUAAAAAUGCAUAUGCUAGGGUAAAGGGCUCAUAAAAAUGCAUAUAUUAGUGGAAGCAACAUACAGAAAUACAUUAUAUUAGGGAAAAUUGCUUUGCAAAAAUGUGACAUUAGGCAAAAAUUGCUCCCUGUAUAUUAGGAGCAAUUUGCACUAAAACGUCGAUGAAUUCUCAUGAGGACUUAAAAAAAAUUCACAAGCCAACUUGAAAAUGUGGAAAACUGAUCUUACGACUUGAAAAAUGAGGAACAGAUGUUGACAGAUUCUCCCCUCCAUAGUCGAGGCACAGUCUGUUCCUUCCCCAAGAAGCACAUGAUUGUGAGGAGGAGGGUAUGCAUAUUUUUUUGGAAAUAGUUUCACAUUACAAAAUAGGAAUCGGGAGUUAAUGUAUUCAAAGUACAUGUGCAGGGAUCAAAUCAGCUGUCUCCACUCCCUGAAGGAACUCCACAUGCAUAUCAAUGUUGUUGCAUAGGAUCCUUCUAUCCAGCUUCAGAGGAUGGCUGGCUGGCACACCUUUCAAUCCUUUCAAUAACGGGGUGAGAUAGCUGGUAAGCAAACCCCCCUGCAUGUGCUUUCAAUGCAGGAGGGGGCUUGCGUGAAUGUCCUUUAGAUAGCUUUUAGAAAAGAGUUUACAAAAGAAUUGCUACCUGGAAAGGUAAAGAAAAUGAGAGGUAGUACAGACCAAUGGACAGAGUGCCUGGCUUGGAUCGCUGAGACCAAUAUUAAGUAUUGUAGCUGUGAGGCUUUCAAACAAAUCAUAUCACCUUCAGCUUCUUACCUGUGUUGUUUAAGUAUCGGCCUUACAGGAUUGUUGUGAGGAUUAUAAAAGAAAAAUUAGCACCACAGCUGCAUUAAAAUGCAAUCAAUACUCAGCGUAUGAUUUAUGUGAAACUGCAAAUAAAAUGGAACAUUAAAAAACCCUUUGUUGUUCUCAAUUUGCACGGUGUAAAAUUCCAAACAAA